AGCGUCUCGCUGUGCGACGUUGCCAACUGUAUUGACUUAUGUACGAACGAAGACAAAACGCGCGUGGUAAAACUUAAAGCCGGCAGCUCUUGUUAACACAUUUUGUGUUUUAACCAUUUUAUUAUAAAUUAAAUUUAAUUUCGCAAUCAUGUGGCAGACACCCUGUACAUUUUACUAAUAGUGUUGUGAAAAUAUUAAUUGGUGAGCAAGUGAAUAUAAGUGUUAAAUUUCAUUUAAGUUAGCUAAUAAAAGCUCGUCGAAUAAAUGAAUUGAGUGAACCUAACAAAAGACAUGCUCGAAACGUAAACAGGAACAAAGGAAAUUUAUAGUAACCGGAGCUGUGUAAGGAACUGGUUACCGAAAGCCCAAUAGAAGUAUGGGGGAACGGGGCGCGACGGGAGGCGCUUGGGGUGCGCGCGACGAUGCCUCGUGGUGGUCGAAUGCUUCUGGGGAAAUACAGAAUCAACAGCAACUAAAUGAGGAGAUAGCUAGAAGUACUGCUUCGGCUACUCACCAGCUGUACACCUACAAAGUUGCUGGGGGUUUUUCUAAUAACAGUGGAGAUACCCAGGCUCAAAAUUUCGAUUAUCGCUUAAUGACUUCAGCCAACUCCAGAGACGAAACUCCGCAGCAGCCAUGGUGGUUUGCCUCUGGAUCUGACCAGCAGCAACGUUCAUCACCUACGCCUCAAAAUCAGUCUAGUCCAGACUCCGAACACAGCAACCAACAGGGUAACGGAAUUCAAAAUAUACAAGAGCAACAACACAAUCAGAUUCAACAGCACAGUCAGUUGCAGCAGCAACUCCAGCAGCAGCAGACUUUACAGCAGGCGUUGCAACAGCAGACACAGAGCUUGCAACAGUCAAUACAACAGCAGACACUACAGCAAAUGCUACAGCAGCAACAACAACAACAACAACAACAACAACAGCAGCAGCAACAGCAGUCACAAGCUCAGCAACAACAGCAACGGGAGCAAUCAAUUGACCAGCAAAACACACAACAAAGUAUACAAAUACAAGUCAGCCAAGCACAGGCACAAGCUCUGGUGCAAGCACAAGCUGUUCUACAGCAACAAGUCGCACAGACUCUGCAACAGCAGCAACAAACAUUGCACGAACACAUUCAGGCGGUCCAGCAGCAACAGAUUCAAGCCGCUCUUCAACGACAAUCUGCCAAUUUGCAGGAGUUGCAGCAGCAAGCUCAGCAGCAGCAGUCUCUUUUAAAUCAACAAACAACUGUUACUAAAACAAGGAUGCCAAGGGCCAGAGCCUACAAUAAGCCUCGCGGACGUAUGACGGCCUAUGCAUACUUCGUUCAGACUUGUAGAGAGGAACACAAGAAGAAACACCCAGAAGAAAAUGUCGUUUUUGCCGCUUUCUCAAAGAAAUGUGCUGAAAGAUGGAAUACGAUGUCAGAAAAGGAGAAACUAAGGUUUCAUGAAAUGGCAGAGCAAGACCGGAAGAGAUAUGACAUUGAGAUGCAGAGUUAUGUACCACCAAAGGAUAUUAAGGUGCGGGGGCGCAAGCGUCAGCAACCAAAGGAUCCUAAUGCACCCAAAAGAUCGCUUUCAGCAUUUUUCUGGUUCUGCAAUGAUGAGCGUUCAAAGGUAAAAGCCAACAAUCCAGAGUACACAAUUGGUGAUAUAGCCAAGGAGCUCGGUCGGAGAUGGGCGGCUGUGGAUGCAGCCACCAAGUCUAAAUAUGAACAGCUAAGUGAACAAGACAAAGCCAGAUAUGAUAAGGAGAUGACGGCGUACAAGAAAGGACCAUUGGCUUUAAAUUUAGUCCAGCAACAAGUUCAACAAAUAGAGGAAGACGUCGGAGAGUAUGAAGCGGAGGAUGAGUACAAGUGAAUAUAACAAGACACCGCUGCUACCCACACAAAUUGAUUUAAACAUCCACAUGGUGACAAUACGAAAGCAAUCAUUUAUAAAGUCUGGUCGCUCCAUAGGGAAAUUUGCCCAUUGAUAUUGUUUGUCUUUUUCACUGGUAUUCUGCUAUAUUGUGACAACUUGAUACUCAUAUUUUCGCGCAGAGACAAAAAGUUACAAAUCAAUGGCUGAAUUUUUCUGUCCGCCACCGGACUUUUUCCUUAUCAAUACUAAUUCACAGUGUUACCAUCGUAAGCAAAGUUUUUUGAAGGAACAUCGUUUAGAUAUAGCAGGUAUUCUCUUCAACUUUCUGUACAAAUGUUAGAAUCGGAUUAUAUAGGUACAUACUCAGUGGUACACACAAUUUCGAACGCUUGUUUCAUAACCAUGCUUUUUACGAAGAUGUAAGACUUUAGUUUUACUAUCAGGGAAUUCAUAGGCAGAUUUAUAAUUGAAACGCAAAACUGACCGUUUGAACGCGUGAUCGAGACCUAUCAAACAGAAAGCUGUUUGAUAGGUCCCUAGCCCUGGGCGCGCACUAGCGGCCAAGUUGCGGCGGCCAGGCCGCUGCGGCCAUCGAAAUAUAUACCUUUAGUAUGAAACCGCCAUAGACGACGCGCACCUGGCCGCAACGCGACCA